AUGCCCGAGAAUGUUACCGUUAUCAAUGGAUUUACUUUUCAAGAUUGUCAUUCACUUCAGUAUAUAAAUCUUUCAAGCAAAACAGGAUCAAUUAAAGCAUCUGCCUUUAAUAAUUGUGAAAAUUUAUUAUUUAUGGAAAUUCCCGAGACAUUAACUAAUAUUGGACAGUCAGCUUUUACAGGUUGUAUUAAAUUAACAAUUGAUGCUUCAAAGAAUAAAAAUAUUGAUUAUAGAGAUCAAAUGUUAUUUACAGACAACAAGAAAACAUUAUCAACAUAUUUUGGUUCAGAAACAAAAGAUUUAGUAAUUCCAGAAGGGUUAACAUCUAUUGGAAUAUCUGUCUUCAGUUCUAAAAAUCUUCGAUAUGUGACAUUUAAUGGUAAUACAUUAGAAUCAAUCAAUGAAAGAGCAUUUGAAUCAUCAACAAUUGAGAAGAUUGAUAUCCCAUCAAGUGUCACAUAUAUUGAACCAAAAUGUUUUUAUGGAUGUAACAAUCUCAGUACAGUUAACUUUAUAAGUAACAAUGCAUUAACAGUUAUUCCAAAUAAUUGCUUUUAUAAUUGUCAAAAGCUUUCGAAUAUUAAACUUCCACCAUCAAUACAAACGAUUGAAGAAAAUGCAUUUUGGUCAUGUUUUAGUUUAGGAGAUAUUGGAAUGUCAUCAACACAAAUCUCAAAAAUCAACGAGUUUGCAUUUCAAAACAGCGGACUUACAACAUUUGUUAAUACAAAGAAUUCAGUUACAAUCAAUUUUGGUUCAUUCAUGAAUUGUGGGAUUGAAACAGUUUCAUUCAUCACAGAAUCAGUUCCAUAA